AUAGUUAUAUUUAUCGUAUUGACAAUAGGCUCUUUGUGUUAUUCAUUAUAUUUAAUAUUCAUACGUCACGCUUGUACACAAUUUACCGUAUUAAUGUUAGUUUUAUUACAACUUUAUAUUUUAUAGAACUUUGUUUUUAUUCAUUUCGAUUGAAAUGGAAAAUAUGUUUUAUUCUAUCAAAAUGCGUUUUUUUUUUCCUCUUAUAGGUUUAAAAUACGUCAGCCAUUUAACGAGAAGAGAUAUAAACGACAGUCAUGGCUUAGUAGAAUACAUAAGGAGGAAUGGAAAUGGAUAAUUGACAUAAUAAAACGUUAUGCUAGGGUCACCGAGUAUGUAGACUUGAUAAAUAAUUUCUCCAAGAUAAUUUGCUUAAUUGGAGCUUUCGUUUCGAUGAUCAUCAUUUUCUUUGAUCUGCUUUACAUAUUGCAAUUACCUACGAUAAUAAAUAAUAGAAGCAAAACAUUCGAAUGCUUUGCUAUUAUUUUUGGAUCGUUGUUUAUUAUAUAUAAUAAUUUUUACAUCGGGCAAACGCUUAUCGAUCAUAGCAGCGCAGCUUUCGAAGAAUUAUGUCAAGUCCCAUUCUACGUGCUUUCCAUAAAAACUCAAAAGAUGUUAUUAUUUGUGAUAGCAAGAAGCAUGAAGCCAUGUGAACUUUCGAUCGGUGGUAUAUUCGUAGCAUCGAAUGAAAUUUUUGGUGAAUUUCAAAAAUUGUUCACUUAUUUGAAACGUGAUUACGAGCAAUUUGUAGACAAGGAAGAAAUAAAUAUUUAUAAUAAAUAUACGAAAAGAAAUAAAUUAUAUGUGAUUAUUUUAUGCAAUUCCUGCAUUCUUUACGGCAUGUCAUUAACUAUUCCGAGUAUUGUAAAUUUGUUUCUUCAUAUUUUUGGAUUGAUCGACAAUGUGCAGUUAACAUUACCUUUUCCUGUUAAUAAUGUUUUAAAAGCUGGGCUGUUAUAUUAUUUUUUACUGAUUUAUGAAAUAAUAGGAAUCUUUGUUGUGUUAUUGAUAGCUUGUUCAUGUUAUUCAUCUUAUUUAAUAAUUGUACAGCACGCGUGUAUUCAAUUUAGCAUUCUAAUAUUUAAAAUACGUCAACCAUUUGACGAGCGUAAUUUUACGCAUAAGGCUUUCUACGGUGAAAUAAAUCAGAAGGAACACGAUUGGAUAAUUGAUAUAAUAGCUCGUUAUACAAGAAUCACGAAGUAUGUAGAGUUAAUAAACGAUCUCUCCAAGAUGAUUUACUUAGUUGGAAUGUCAUUUGAAGUGAUCCUCAUGUUUUUUAAUAUCCUUUAUAUAUUGCAGUUAUCUAUGAUAUUACAAAGUGUGAGUGAAACAAUUGAAUGCACCACUAUAAUUUGUGUGUCUCUAUUGGGUAUAUAUAUUAAUUUUUACGUUGGACAGAUGCUCAUUAACCAUAACAAUGCAACUUUCCACGAAUUAUGUCAGGUACCGUUCUACGUGCUAUCGCUAAAAACUCAAAAGCUGUUGUUAUUUAUGAUAGCAAGAUGCAUGAGACCGUGCGAACUUUCAAUCGGAGGUGUAUUCGUGGCAUCUCAUGAAAUUUUUGCAGGGUUAAUUCAAAAAGCAUUUUCAUUUGCGAUGGUAUAUUAUAACCACUAUAGUUCGAAUAGUUAGGUCGACAAUAAAAAUUUUGAAUCUAUUAAAAGUCAUCGAAGAUUUCAUUCCUUAAGAUAAAAAUAAAAUCUGCUCACUCCUUUGAAAUUCACCGAAGAUAUUAGAUAUUUAAGUUAACCAAUUAUAAAUCCGAAUUUCGUACGUUUCACAUGUCUUGUUAUCAAUACGCUAUCUCAUCGCAUUUCAUGACCGUAAAACUGUAAGUGCACGUUGCACUGUUCUACGAAUAAAAAUAUGCACUUUGUGUAUCCAUUAACAGGUAAAGUAUCAUACCACAGUUGCUGUAUCGAUCUGUUUUUCUUGUAACGUGUACUAGUCCUUUCUAAACACCUGUUUCUCGCUGUGGUCGAACAGCGACUGACGAAAAACGCGGUCAACAGACGCUAGUGCGCAUGACUUUGAAAAUUAUUAGUAUAUAGUACAGCACUCCACAUUUUCCUAGUGUGAAGAACUAUCUGUCUUAAUAUUUAUCUAUACCUUAAUAGUAUCGAGAAGGGUUCGAUGCUCGAUAUGUAUAUAGAAGAAAUGCAUUCUAACGUUACGUUAUAUUGAUUAUGUCAUUAUUAUAUAUUAUCAUGUCACUGUUUUUCGAAACUCUAAAAACUCUAUAAUGAAGACCAAUUAGAAUGCGCAAUGAAGGAGAAGCGUAGAAUAUGUUGUUCAUUUCGAAGCAGAAAACGUCAAAUACUUUGCGAUGUCUCUGGAAUGUCAGUUUUACUGCGAACAACCCUUACUCUUAUCGAAUCGAAUUGUUCAAUCAGUGUUGGGUCUACAUCCAAGUCAAUGUUCGAGCGAUCAAUUAUUUCAGUGUUGUACGUUAGCUGUUUAUGUAUUUCCAAUGAUUGUGCAUCAGGUAAACGAUUAUCUUCUAAAUCCAUAUCAUAGUUAUUAAAUUUGUUUGUUGUUUUUUU